AUGAAGAGCAGUCUAGUGAGUAAGCUUGCAUGCUUCCACGUUAAUAUUCAGACCGAUUUGGCGCAAGUAGUGGACACGCCAGAUGGCGUGGACGGCGACCUCAGGGCCGGCUGGGACGCGCUCAGGGGUUUGAUUGCCGAUAUCGUUGCGGAAGGCAGCGCGGAGCUGUCGGCUAACUUCGCCCAGCAGCUGAAGGACGCAACAGCAGAGCAUGAACGCCACCUGCGCAUCGCUACCUGCAGGUGGGAGGCCAGCUAUGCUCAGCUCGGGCUGCAAGUGCGAGCCCUCCGCGAGGCCGUGGAACAGCAGCGCGGAACCAUCACUGAAGCCGUGCAGUCGCAAACCCGGGCGUACCUCGACAAUGUCAUCGCAGAUGUGAUUCCGCAGAUCAAAUCAUAUGUGGAGGAGGCUGUGAAGACCAUGCAAGAGUCCGAGAACACCUUGGCCGAUGAUCUGAAGCUUCGCAUGUUCGAUAUGGAGGACAGGUUGGAGGCGACCGAGGACGAUCUAGCGGAUCACAUGGCGCAGUGCUCCAGGGAGAACGCCGCUAUGCAGCACUCCACCGAGGAGGAGCUCCUGGCCACUCUGAACAGUUACAAUUCAUACGUUAACAACAACUUCGCGGUCGUUCAGGAGAGUAUAAGGGAUGCCAACGCGCACAUCAAAGAGAUCGAGCUCGCAAUUGCCGACCUCAACGAUCAAGUUGCCGAUUUGGAGAACGAGGAGGCCGAGUGCUCCAGGCUCUUGGACAUCGCUUCGACGAGCUCUCAAAAGAGCACCACAAGCUCCGAUGACGGAGAUUCCGUCACCGCAGAAAACGGAGAAUGCCGCUCAGAGGUACACCCGGUCUUGAGCAUGCCGGCGGUUUCCACUAAAUGCGGCAGCGGCAAUGGAAUUACAACGGACGACUGGAUGGACGCCCAGGUAGUGUUCCCCUUCGAAAAGGAGGAUUGCCUCUCUUCUCUGUAG